AAUUUAUGUUGGGGUUUUUUUUUGCCCAGAAAUGUAGAUUUCAUUCCGGUGCACGGAGAGAAGGAGAAGGCCACAAGAAAAGUUAGGCACACGCUGGUCUUAAAUAAAUCAGGGCCAAUGUCUUAAAGGCUGCACCCCCCUCCUCCCAAAUCCCUGACAGAACCUCCCACAAACUAUGAAGGGCUCUCUCCUUCAGAGCUCAAACCUGCAGUAGUCACAUGGAUAUCUCUCUGAAGUGCGUCGGAUCAGUCCCUUCCAGAGGACCAUCCAUGGAACAAUUGGAUGUGGAGAGAGAAGGCAUAAAACUGCGAGAAGACCUGAAGUUUUAUUUUAUGAGCCCCUGCGACAAGUACCGAGCUCGAAGGCAGAUCCCAUGGAAACUUGUCCUCCAGGUUCUGAAGAUUGUGAUGGUGACUACACAGCUUGUCCUCUUUGGGUUGAGCAAUCAGCUUGUCGUCUCCUUCAAGGAAGAGAACACAAUGGCCUUCAAACACUUAUUUCUUAAGGGCUACACCGGCAUCGAUGAGGAUGACUAUAGCCGCACGGUUUACACGCAGAAGGACCUUUAUGACAGCAUCUUCCAUGUGAUUGACCAGUACCGUCAGAUUGGAAACCUCUCGCUUGGUACAGUCAGCUAUGAAAAUGACGAAAAAAGAAAAGGUCUGAAGAUCUGUAAACAGCAUUACCACAGGGGGUCACCACACCCCUCCAAUGAUACCUUCUAUAUAGACCCAACGGUGGAAACCGAGUGUUUGCAUGUGGAACAGGAGGUUUUAGUGAACGGUCUACCUCGUGAAUCCAUCAUAAAUUCCUCUUUCUUCAAUCUGGAGUUUUACAGGCUUAUUAAAGUUGAAAUCUCCUUUAGGCUGAAAGGAAUCGAUCUGCAAACGAUCAGAGUCCGAGAGCAGCCCGACUGCUACUUGUUCCACAAUAAGAUAACCUUCAAUAACCAGGUGCACAGUGGCAAAGUCAAGAUUUUCUUUGAUAGCGAUGCUACCAUUCAAGACUGUAGAGACUGGCACAUAUCCGGCUCCAUUCAGAAGAACACCCAUUACAUCCUAGUUUUCGAUGGCUUUGUCAUCCUGACGUGCCUGACCUCUCUCAUUCUCUGCACUCGAUCCAUCGUACUGGCUGUAAAGCUGCAGAGGAGGUUUGUGUAUUUUUUCUUGAAUAAAUACAACCACCACGUGUGCUCCGCUGACCGCCUAGAGUUUAUAAAUGGCUGGUACAUCAUGGUUAUUAUCAGCGACUUGAUGACCAUCAUCGGAUCUGUGAUGAAGAUGGAAAUAAAAGCGAAGAACCUGACCUCUUAUGAUGUGUGCAGCCUUCUUCUCGGCACAUCCACCUUACUGGUUUGGGUUGGCGUUAUCCGAUACUUGGGCUACUUCCAAAAGUAUAACGUCCUAAUAUUGACCAUGCAAGCGUCACUUCCCAAAGUCUUAAGAUUUUGCUGUUGCGCCGGAAUGAUUUACCUCGGGUAUACGUUCUGUGGCUGGAUCGUGCUUGGCCCCUACCAUGAAAAGUUCGAGGAUCUGAACACCGUGGCUGAAUGUCUUUUCUCGUUGGUCAAUGGCGACGACAUGUUUGCCACUUUUGCUCAAAUCCAGCAGAAGAGCACGCUGGUGUGGCUGUUCAGCCGGCUGUACCUAUAUUCCUUCAUCAGUCUGUUUAUCUACAUGAUCCUCAGCCUCUUUAUUGCACUUAUAACAGACUCCUAUGAGACCAUUAAGAACUACCAGCAAAACGGUUUUCCAAAAACUGACCUUCAUGAAUUUCUACAUGGCGGUGACGUUAUAUUCGAAAUGCAGAACCGUGAAAGGCGAUGGGUAAAUACGGUUCCUAUGAUCUGUUGCUGUCUAAGAACACGAGAAGGAGACGACUCCAUCCUUAUAAACUGACUCGGGACUUCAUUGCACUAAGGAUGUUUUUGGGUUUCCUUAUUUAUUAUGGUAUAGGGUGGACGCUGCUUGUCCUCUUCUUGCUCUUUGACCUGUGCUCCAGUUACACGUACAGUAUAUGUUUUUUGUUUUGUUUUUCUAUUGGAUCAAUUUGGUUUUCAGUUGCUGGUGGCGAACGGUAUAUAUGUGGGUUACAAAAGGACUCUACUGAAUUUCUCGUAAUCGCCAGUAAUGCAUUCUUCCUGGUCUCGCCGCCCCGUCCUCGCUGUACCCAGUAUUGAAUCCUGCCAUUUACAGAGAAACCUUUUAUUUUUAUGAACUGAAUAAUUUAUAACGGUGGUUUAUUUUCAUAAAAUGUGUUUGCCUAAGGGAGAUUAUAAAAAAUAUAAUAAAAGUGCUUUCUAAUGAA